GUAAACCAAGAGCUGAAGUUCUUGAUCUUUCACAAUGGGUGAACCACAACAAGUGAGUGCACUUCCACCACCUCCGAUGCAGUACAUCAAGGAAUAUACAGAUGAAAAUAUUCAGGAGGGCUUAGCUCCCAAGCCACCUCCUCCAAUUAAAGACAGUUAUAUGAUGUUUGGCAACCAGUUCCAGUGUGAUGACCUUAUCAUCCGCCCUUUGGAAAGUCAGGGCAUUGAACGCCUUCAUCCUAUGCAGUUUGAUCACAAGAAGGAACUGAGAAAACUCAAUAUGUCUAUCCUUAUUAAUUUCUUGGACCUUUUAGAUAUCUUGAUAAGGAGCCCUGGGAGUAUAAAACGGGAAGAGAAGCUAGAAGAUCUUAAACUGCUAUUUGUACAUGUGCAUCAUCUUAUAAAUGAAUAUCGACCCCACCAAGCAAGAGAGACCUUGAGAGUCAUGAUGGAGGUCCAGAAACGUCAACGGCUUGAAACAGCUGAGAGGUUUCAGAAGCACCUGGAACGAGUAAUUGAGAUGAUUCAAAAUUGUUUGGCUUCCUUGCCUGAUGAUUUACCUCAUUCUGAAGCAGGAAUGAGAGUAAAAACUGAGCCAAUGGAUGCUGAUGAUAGCAAUAAUUGUACUGGACAGAAUGAACAACAGAGAGAAAAUUCAGUUCAUAGAAGGGACCAGAUUAUAGAGAAAGAUGCUGCUUUGUGUGUUCUAAUUGACGAAAUGAAUGAAAGACCAUGAAGGGUAUUUUUCUUCUUUUUUUAUUUUGUUAAAUAGCAUCAUAUAUUCCUCUCUUUUGGACAGUCUUAAAACAGGUAUAACUAAAAUAUAAAGGAAUUUGUUUUUCUUGACUCCAGUUUUUCAAUGAUGAGAUGCCAUAGGCAGAAUUUCACUGUGUAACAAGCGUAGGUGAAUGAGUACACCUGUAUUAAAAAUAAUCACCUUAAAAUGCAAA